AUGGCUCUGCAGGAUUCCAAUCCAGUGUUACUUGACUUUAGUCUGCGACCUGAUUGUACCAUUGCGAAACGGUAUCCAUGCACAGUAUAUUACGGUUAUGAUGGCUAUAUUGAUCCACUUUUUGUUCACAAUGGUUUUUGGGUGAAGAGAGCCGAUGUCUUUUCAUUUGGUAUUGUACUUUUAGGGCUCAUUACUAAAUUUGUCUUUGAUCAAUCCGAGUGCGAAGCUGCUCGUGAAUUUCCUGCAGGAUGGGCACAGAGACAGUACCAGCAGAAGUUGAAUUCUAGCUUACAACCAGUUGGCUGUUUACUUGUUCAUAAGAGCUUUGACAGUGCACCAGAUUUUGAUGUUUGUGAUGGAGUGGCAAUUACAAAGCUGGCAGUGCACUGUGCGGACUUAGAUGAAAGGAAACGCCCUACAAUGACACAAAUUGUUAAUUAUCUGCAGGGUAUACCUCUUUUCUCUGGGAAUUUUGGUGAUGCUUUACUGCGGGGAGGUUUAAUAGAUGAAUGGGACACACAAUCUACAGAAGAAACUGCUGGGAACAAAAAAAACAGAAAUGCAGAGAAUGAAAGGAAAUCUCUUUUGCCGUUGUUUGAUCACGAAGACUAA